AUGAAGCCCCAGCGGGCGGAGGUGAGCAUCCCGCUGUACCCCCCCAGCCGGGGGCAGCCCCCCACCACCGACCCCGACGAGCAGCCCCGAGACUUCUUUCUCUGGUCCCUCUUCAAUGUCAUGAUGGGUUACGGGCUCGCCUACCUCGGCUGCCUCUGCUUCCCUGCGCUCAUCUUCUCCAUCAAGGCCCGCGACUGCAAGAUGCUGGGGGACGUGGAGGGUGCCCGGCGGCACAGCACCCGGGCCAAGGUGUUGAACAUCAUCUGCUCCCUGCUGAUGGUCGUCACUGUGGUCGUUGUCAUCGUUGCCUUCGUGGCCAUCAUUACCUGA